CGGCUAUAACACUCGGGUUUGUGCGUCUUAACCGGAGAUUGGAAAUUAAUAAUAUUGAAUCCUCAAAGUAGCCCACUUCCAGUUAGAGAAGCAGAAAGUCGAGGAAAAAAAAGAAGACAUUGGAGAAAGGUGUGGUUGGUUGACAAAAACGGGAAGGAGAUUUACUGAGAAGGAGAUUGAAAAGAGACCGAUAAAGAAGUGGGGAGAGUUGGAGAGAGGGUUACAAGCAAGGUAUGAAUUCUUAUUUCGCAAACCCGUCGCUCUCCUGCCAUUUAUCCGGUGGUCAAGAUGUUUUGCCUAACGUACCCCUAAACUCCACCACCUAUGACACAGUCAGACAUUUUUCGUCGUACGGUGCAGCUGUGACCCAGAAUCGGAUAUAUUCACCUUUCUACUCUCCUCAAGAUAAUGUCGUUUUUGGGUCUGGCAGGGCACAGUAUGAAUAUGGAUCAAACGUGUUUCUUCAAGACAAGGACGUGCUCCCCAGUUGCAGACAAACAAACAUGGGACUCAAUACACAAAGCCACAUUGCUCAAGAGUACAGUUUGGAUCAAGGAAGAGCAGGAGCUCAGGAUCAGAAAAGCAACAUCCCGAUCUACCCGUGGAUGCAGCGAAUGAACUCACACAGCGCAGGAGUGGGCUACGGGACAGACAGGCGCAGAGGACGUCAAAUAUAUUCUCGUUACCAAACACUUGAGCUGGAGAAGGAGUUUCAUUUCAACCGCUACCUGACCAGGCGCAGACGCAUCGAAAUCGCAAAUGCGCUUUGUUUAACGGAGCGGCAGAUCAAAAUCUGGUUUCAGAACCGACGCAUGAAAUGGAAGAAGGAGAGCAACCUGACCUCCACGGUGACUGGAAGUGAACAGACAGCAGCCUCUCCGGAGGAGGAACGCAGUGGCGCAAUGGAAGAAGAGAAAGAUGAGGUCAAGAAGAAAGAAUAAAAAAAAAAAAGAAGUGGGGGGAAAAACACCUGAUGACCAUGAAAACCCAACAUAACUACCUAAAAAAAUCUAUAUGGACCUGAGAGCGAGUUCACUGCAUGAUGGCUACCCCGCAGCUCUCCCACUUAUAUCUCAUGUUGACCACAGGAGUGUUGAGCCUUAGAAAUCCAAAUAAUUUCAGCCACAGUAUGGCCCCUGUGACAUUGGAGCGCCGAGUUUUUUUUUUUUUUUUCCUUCGCAAUGUCACACUUGUAUUGUAUUAAAAAUAAAAAGAAGUAUUCAUUUCUACGUUAUUUCCCAUGCCAGUAAAAUCUGUGUAUUUAUCCCCCACUGCCCAUCCAUCACUGUGAACUCUUUGAUCACCUCACAAAAUACAGUGUUGGUCAGACUUAACUCAGUAUUGUACAUGCACAUUCCACGGAAGGAAAGGACCGGGCGGACACUUUAAUUUGAUCACAGUGUAAUACUUGAAUAUUCCGUAGAAAGUGUCUUGCAUAAACCUGAAAGUUGCACGGAUAUGCUACAGUGUAAACACACACAUACACACACAACACUGAAAUGCCUGUAUAUAAUCAAAUUAACGGUACAUUAUGUAAAUCCUGUGUGGACUUAUGUGCAUUUAGCCGCUUUGAUAGACGCUGCAUAGCAUAAAAUUGCGCUUAUACCCCUUUUUUGACCAUUUGACACGAUACGCUUUCCUUGUGAAAUAGAUUUGUACACUAGUAAUUCUUCACUUUUGUUUUUUUGGAGUUACGUGUUUUGUCAUAAAUGUGUAUCAUGGAAUAAAAUAUUUGUAAAACUUU